AUGACGGGUCUUCCUGGCGGAGGCACUGGCUCAAGCCUGGCUCGCGCGAUCAUUAUCACCUCUGGCGUCUCAGCACUCGUGUCUUCACUACUAUCUCUAGUUAAAAACUACCGGAAACCAUUGCUCCAGCGAUAUGUCGUCCGUAUUCUGUUAAUGGUACCAAUAUAUGCAGCAUCGUCAUGGACCAGCAUCGUGUCGCUGAAGGCGGCUCAGUUUCUGGACCCGAUCCGCGACAUUUACGAGGCGUUUACCAUUUAUACGUUCUUCCAGCUGCUGAUCAACUUUCUGGGAGGAGAGCGAGCAGUCAUCAUCAUGGCCCAUGGUCGACCUCCAGUGUCUCAUGCCUGGCCGCUCAACCACUUCUUCCCCAAGAUCGAUAUCUCCGACCCGCAUACAUUCCUGGCUGUCAAGCGUGGCAUUCUGCAGUAUGCCUGGUUGAAACCCAUUCUAGCGCUCGCCUCCGUUGUGAUGAAGGCUACCAACACAUAUCAAGAAGGGUAUCUGGGCCUCAGCUCAGGCUAUCUCUGGACGGGUAUCUUGUACAACAUCAGUGUCACGCUGAGUCUGUACUCUCUUGCCAUGUUCUGGAUCUGCCUGCACGAUGAUCUCUUGCCCUUCCGCCCAGUUCCUAAAUUCUUGUGCGUCAAACUAAUCAUCUUCGCAUCUUACUGGCAAGGAUUCUUCCUGUCCAUUCUGCAAUGGUUGGGAGCAAUGGGUAACGGUGUCGCCGGGUAUACGCCAGACAACCUCGCUGCAGCGAUUCAAGACGCACUCAUCUGUUAUGAGAUGCCCAUUUUCGCCGCCGCCCACUGGUAUGCAUUCUCGUGGCACGACUUUGCUGACCCAACCAUCUCGGCGGCUCGUUUGCCUGUGAAAUACGCGCUCCGGGACGCCUUCGGGCCUCUGGAUCUGAUGGAAGACACGAGGAUCACGCUACGGGGUGAAAAUUAUGAGUAUCGCAUCUUCGAUUCGGGGGAUAACAUCAUUGCGCACGAGGACUCUGAAUCACGAGUCAAGCGGGUGAUGGACGGCAUGCGAUAUGAGCGGGGAGGUAAAGCGAAAUACUGGAUCCCCAGGCCUGGAGAGAACAGUAAAUCUGGCGAGACGAACAGCCGAACCCCGCUCCUCUCAGGAGGUGACUCGAGCAAUCGCAGCCGAAGCGAACAAAGUGGCAGUUCAACUGAGAGAUUCCGGACAUACAGUGAGAUUGAAAUCUCACUAGAUGAUGAAGACGAAGGACUGUUCACCAAAGCGCGAGCGCUGGAGUUUGGCGAUUGGAAUUACCCAGUGAUCACAGCCAAUGAAGUCCCCAGGGACCAGCGUCUGGCCACUAACCGGAGCAGGAGCUACCAAGGGUCCAACCAUACUGGCGAUGUGAAAAAAGCUCGCGCGCACCGAAAGAGUCGGGCAUCGGGCAGCGAAAGCCGUCGGGAUCACAACACGAGCUCCAAGUCUAGAACUUCAAGCUCGGGGGCGCCGCGUCCCUUGCAGCGCAACGCCAGCUCCACUAGCUCACACCACUCCCACAGCUCCCGUCGCGACCCUGAUCAACUGGUUGAUCUCGUGGUGGAGGAUGUGGAGGCUGAAGAAGAAGACCGAGCUCAAACACAACGGGAGACUGGCUCCGCAUGGACGGCAAGCGAACCCCGGCAUUUCUCGAGACCAUCUGGACAGCCAAUCGAUGAAGAGUCGGGGUCCGAGCCUCCCAGGGAAACUCCAGCUGAGAUGCAAGAUGAACAACGGUCUCCUAAGCCGUGGGCCUAUAGUGCCUUGGGGGAUGACAAUGUUUGGGGGAAAUAG